AUGGAUUCCGACGCAAUCAUAUCAACGUCAAACGAAUAUAAUUUUACGACGGAUGACACUCAAACGGCAAAUGUGACAUUGGUCAGUUGUAGCACGUGCAAUAGAAAGUUUUUCCCAAACAGGCUCGUCAUUCAUGAGAAAAUAUGUAAAAACAAAAGGAAACCUCAAGUGUUUGACAUACACGCCAUGAGAAUAAGAGGAACCGUAAUGGAAAAAUUUAAAACUCAAAUUAAAACAGAAGAUAAACCGAUUGUUAAAGAAGUUCAAUGUCCUACAUGUUCUCGUACUUUCAAUCCGGAAGCUGCCGGAAGACACAUACCCAUAUGUGCAAAAAAAGUUUUUAAAUCAUCGAUUGACGAUAAUCAAUAUGAAUAUUUCAAGGUUACGCAUCAUUAA